AGACAGGGCAUAUGUAACUGGUGUCUCAUUUCUUCAGGUAAAUAGGUGCUUAUAAAGCUACUGUUAACUUGCCUCUAGAAAUGGUACCAUCAUUUAUGGCAUACACUGAUGCCUUUUAUUUGACAAUUUCUUUUAAGCCUUCUCCUCACAGUGUCCAUGGUAUCUACUGCAGUCCUGCGGAUGGAAAUCCUAUCCUGUUAACAGCUGGAUCAGACAUGAAAAUAAGGUUUUGGGAUUUGGCUUACCCAGAAAGGUCCUAUGUUGUUGCAGGAAGUACUAGUUCCCCAACUGUCUCUUACUACAAGAAAAUAAUUGAAGGCACUGAAGUUGUCCAGGAAAUUCAGAAUAAGCAGAAGGUAGGACCGAGUGAUGACACCCCUCGAAGGGGCCCAGAGUCUCUGCCUGUGGGACAUCAUGACAUCAUCACGGACAUUGCCACAUUCCAGACAACACAGGGCUUCAUUGUAACUGCUUCUAGAGAUGGGAUUGUGAAGGUGUGGAAAUAAAAGCCUAUUGAUUUGUAUAAAUUGUAAUAAAGUUAUAAAUAUAUUGUAACUCAAGAGAAAAGGUAUUUCUAGAGAACAGAAGAACAGAUUCAUUUGUGUAAUUUUCAAAAUCAGGUCUCUCUGUUACUGUUUCAUGACUAAACAAACUACACCCAAGGGUGUUAUGGAAGUUGUACUUAGCUCGUUUACUUGUGCAUCUUUCUGCAAGAAUCAGCCAGACAACAGUGUCAGGGACUUUUUAUUGUAUAUGUCAUAGAGGUGAGAAUGUAAAAUACAAAGAUUAAUAAUGAUGUCAGUUUAUUUUGUAUUGAAAAAGAGGUUGAAAAGAUGGUUGUAAGCUAUUAUAAUGUAAACACAUUUUUGCUAUUAAAAAUGCUCUUCAAACCUGCCAAUAAACUAUAUUCAUGCACCCUAGAAGGGUUUGUUUGUUUUGGGUGGUAUUUUUAAACAGUAAACUUAAGCAGAGGAGUAAACUCUCCAGCAGCAUUUGAUCUGAGGCAAAAAAAAAAAAAAA